GGUAGCAUACACGUCGCCUGGAUUUGACAUAGCGCCAAAAGGGUUUUGGUGUUGUUUUCUUUAAAGCCUUUCUGGAUGAUGUUAUUGGAAGUAAUAAAGAUUGGUUCCAAUGUCGGUAUGUUAGGUUCGGGAGAGUAGGGUUUUUUCUGUUUUUUUUUUUUUUUCUCCUUUUCUUUGCACUUUCGGGGAAAGUAAAUCUUUGGGUAAUUUUGUUACCAUAUAUUGUACUUACCUUGCACGUUUUAGCCGAAUUAGAAUUGAGAUGUUUGUCAGAUCCCAAAUUGAUGGUGAUAGACAGUGAGGCAUAAAGUAUGGAGGAAUUAAUCUUUGGAAACACAUUGCUGGUUGGUGAAGGUGAUUUCUCAUUUACAGUAUCUAUGGUGGAGAAGUUGCCAAGCAAAAAACACCACAGCAUCAUAGCAACCAGCUUAGAGACAGAAGAAUCUAUUAAAAAACACCAGUAUGCUGCCAGGAAUAUUUCACAGUUGAAAGAAAAAGGUGUUACAGUAAGAUUGAAUACAGAUGCCACACAGCUUCAUAUCAGUCCAUUAACCAGGAAUGAGAUGUUCUCCUGUAUAAUCUUCAACUUCCCGCAUGCUGGCGGCAAAUCUAACCACAAGAAAAACAGGAAAUUACUCAAUGACUUCUUCGCUAGUGCUGUUCAAGUAUUGGAGAAUCAAGGUCAAAUCAUGAUGACCUUGUGUAAAGGUCAAGGUGGCACUCCAGCUGAUCAACCAAGGAGAGCAUGGCAUGAUAGUUGGCAGGUUGUUUCCAUGGCAGCAAACUCGAGUCUUAUAUUGACUAAUAUUUUACCAUUCAGAGCUGAUGAAUAUAGGGUGUACACUUCAACUGGAUUUAGGAGUUUAGACAAAGGCUUCAACACAGAGAAUGCUCUAACUCAUGUAUUUGAGAUGGCAGAUCCAGUCAGUAUUCCUGUUAAUGUAGACACAGUAAAAAUAAAGCUUGGAAAACACAUGUUCCUUUGUCCGGCAUAUAUUUAUAGAAAAUUACUGCAGAUCAGGUAUAUAAACUGCAACAAAGAUCACCCUAUCCACAGAGUAUAUGAGAAAAUAACACAGUGUCUGACCUCUGUUACACAUCUCAAAGUUGAGAAUCUAGGAAUACGUCUCCCUAUGAACAGAUCUACUGUGUCAGCUUCUUGCAAUGAGAUAAGGUCAACAUCAGACAAGGGCAGUUACUAUAAACUUGUAAAAUCUGAAAAUACAGGAUUUGAAGAGAUUGAUGACAUCAGUGAUCUUACAGGUGAAAACGUGCUAGCUGACAUUACUGAUGAUGAUAACGAUAUUAUCUUUGAGUUGGAUCAGUUUAAUUUCAUAAGUGCAGAUAAACUUGAAAAUAUGCAGGUUGUUUAUGGACCAGUCUGUAGACCAUGUGAUAUCUCACUGAACCAGUCUCCAGUUUCCUGUUACAUAACAAUGGCUUGGCCAGUAGCCAUAGAUGAGGAUAAUUCAGAAGGUUCAGAAUAUCUGCAGAGAGCCUUAACAAAAGCUGUUGCUGAAACUACAAGUACAUUUAAACAUAUACUUAAUAAUGUGAUAGUAAAAUCUGAGUGCAAAGUAGACAUGAUAAAUUAUCAGUUUGAAGAUUUUAAAAAUACAAGGGAUUCCCAGAGAACUUUGCAUGUUGCUAAUAUAAAUCUACAUAAUUCAACGCUCCCUUCAGCUAGUAGUGGAGUACUAGAUAAUGUUCAAAAUGCAUCUGAUAAUAUAGGUGAAUGCCAUGUGAAAAUUAUAGGAGAUCAUGUACACCCUUCACAUAUGCUUGUUUACCUAACUGCCAAUCUUUGUAAACUUGCAUGUAGUAGAUACAAUAUAGAAGAUGAACGUCUGUUAUGGUCAAGUGACACAAGAGUGCUUCACCAGUUUCCUAGGCUAAAUCUUGAAGAUAAGCUUGUUGGUGUAAAUCAUGACAAAAGUUUAGCGGAAAGCGAUCAGAUUUUAUUACCUGUUGAUGACAGUAAACCAAAUGGUAUGGAAUCUCCAGUUUCUACUGGUGGGGCAGUGAUUUGCCACCCAGACCAGGUUCAGAAAUAUGUUAUUAAAUCACCAAGUAUGUAUCCAAUGACUUUUGUUCAUGAUAUGAGCUUCUGGGAGAAUCAGAGAGUACAAUUCAAUGUACAAGAAUACUGUGAUAUAAUAAGAGACAUUGCUGAUGAUAAUGUGAUACUUGUGGACCUGAUAGACACAUAUACUGAUCCUGAAUCGGGCAAUAGAAGUCGCUGUUACAGACUGACGUUCCAGUCUGUAGAUAAAGCUCUUUCUUACAAUAUCUCUUGGAAAUUGCAAAGUCUUAUAAGGUUUGAAGUUGAAAAGAAAAUGAAAAUAGUGUUAAGAUGAUUAUUUUUAUUUAUUUAUUCAUUAAUGAUUUUGAUAUACCAUGUAUAAUUUGACAAUAAAGCGUUUAAUGUAUGGUAGUAAAAUGCUAGCAAUAAGCAUCAGGGAGAAUAUUCUGAUAGGUCAAAUAAAUGGCUCACUAGUUGAAAUGUGCAUGGUGUUGAAAGAUGAAUUUAGGCUUUAUGAAUGUGUGUGUUUACAUUGACUAAAAGCUAGAACCUACAUGUUCUGAUUUCUCGUAGUGAAUGCAAGGAUGUGUAAUGGUAAAAAUUAAAAGGAUGAUUGCCUUUGGUCAGUAAGUGAUCCAUGUCAGUCUAGAAUUAGUUGUUCAAAGGUAAUGUUCUGGGACGAUCUGUGUAUGAAAAGAAUUGGAACCACUGCCUUACCCUUGCAUGAUCGUAAGAGGCGACUAAUAGGGUCUUAACACUUGGUUUUGCUGUAACUCUGUGAUUCCAGCAGGUAUGCAAAUUUUGAUUCCAUACCUCAUGUUUUUAUUGCGAAGUAAAUGAGAUGUGAAACCAAAAUUUGUAGUCCUGUUUGGCGCCAUAUAACCUAUACUGUGUUGGUGCACUGUAAAACCCAAUAAAUAAAUAAAUAAGUAAGGUCACAGUGACCUUUAGACUAAAUUGGUUUUAGAUCAGUAACUGAAGAAAUCUCUAGGUUGUCUGCAUCUAUUAUGGUCAAGUACUGUUUCCAAUCAGUAGGGGCCUCCGUGGCCGCGUGGUAAAGGUUGCUGACUUCGAAUCACCUGCCUCUUACCGAUGUGGGUUUGAGUCUCACUUGGGGCGGUGGGUUGGUGGUUCUACCCAGGUGCCUGCCUGUGAUGAAAUAAUGCAUUGCGGGGCACCUGGGGUCUUCCUCCACCAUCAAAGCUGAAAAGUGGCCAAAUGACCUAUAAUUUUGUCGUGCAAUGUUAAACCCAACAAUAAACUGUUUCCAAUCAAUAACAGGAGAACUAUGACUGUCGGACUGAAUAUAUGAUGAGUAUGUUGGUCUGUAGAUGACCAUAAUGUGUUUGCAGUCAAUAGCCAAAGUUGCAGUGACCUUAAGACAUAAAAAGGUUUUAGAUCAAUACCAAGGAAAUGCUUGGGCCUAGAAUUGCCAAAUUUCCUAGGAUCAUUAUAAGAUCCCUAUUGUGUUAGGGGGUCAUAGGGUUAAAGGUCUAGGUAACACUGUAGUUUCAAAGCAGUUUCCUAUUAAUAACUGGAGAAUGUUUAGACUAACAGUAGUUCAUAGAAGUAUAUGCUACCUCUACUGUUUUAAGGCCAAUACAUUGAAAGAUCAAGCUAGGUCAUCUCUUACUUUAGACUUAAAAUUACUUAACCAGGUUACCUCAGACAUGUCAUCAGGGACAGCAUAUGUGUUUAUCUAUAUAUAAGCUCAAGUUUUCAUUCAGUUUGUUUACAGAAAGCUCUGUAGGACAACAUACCUAUGUUACAAAAGAUUGUAAAAUCCUCUUUAAGAUAAAAAUCAUUUCAUUUCUUUCAAUACAUUGUAGAUGGUGUUUAGAUACUUGAUCUUUAUUUAAGAUAUGGUGCAGGAAAAUUGAAUCUUUUUAUAUUGGAUACAGAUGUUUUGAUAAUUGGUUCUCUUUAUAUCAAUACUUUUAUAUAUAAUUUGUUCAGUAUGCAAUCAUACCUGAACCCCUAGAUUUAUAUCAGGUAUUUCCAUUUGUUGUUGUGAAUGAAAAGUUAAAACAAAAUUUUAUUCAGUAACUAUGUAUUAAACACCAGCUUUAUUAAACACUGGUGUUGUUUUUAGCUCACAUGAGCACAAAAUGCUCAUGGUGAGCUAUUGUGAUUACGCUGUGUCUGUUGUGCGUGCAUCCGUCAAGUCGUCUGUCCGCCGUCAACAAUUUUGUUUAAAUGGCAUCUCCAAAACCACUGAAUGGAUUUUGAUGAAACUUAGUGUGGAUAUUCCUUGGAUGGUCCUCUAGCAAAUUUGUUCAAACGGUUCCGCUAGGUUACACAUAGGGGUCGCCAGAGCUAAAUGUAGAAAAAUAUUCAGACAACAUCUCCUAAACCGAUGGUCUGAUUUUGAAAUAAUUUCAAACAAAUGGUCCUUAUGUCACCCUCUACUAAGAUUGUUCAAAUUAUACCGAUUCGUGGUCACUUUUCCUGUAUAUAGUGGGAAUUUGAAAAAAUUUUGUAUGAAACUGCUGGCCCAAUUUUAAAAUUAUUUUACACAAAUGGUCCUUGUGUGACCGUCUACCAAGAUUGUUCAAAUUAUUUUGCUUCGUCAAAAAACAUGGCCACCAGAGGAUGUUGUCACUUUUCCCUAUACUAUAUAGUGGAAACUUUAAAAAUCUUCUUGUGUGAAACUGCUUGCCCGAUUUUAAAAUAAUUUUAUGCAAAUGGUCCCUGUGUGACCUUCUGCCAAGAUUGUUCAGAUUAUUCCGAUUCUUCAAAAAACAUGGCUGCCAUGGGGCCUGGUCACUUUUCCCUAUAUGUAUAUGGUAGAACUUAAAAUUUUCUUGUAGAAAACCGUUAGUCUGAUUUUAAAAUAAUUUCACAUAAACUGUGCUUGUGUGACCUUCUACAAAUAUUGUUCAAAUUUUUCUGAUUCAUGAAAAAACAUGGCCUCCAUCAACAGUUCCUUUAAACAACAUCUCCUUUGAAACCACUGAAUGGAUUUUGAUGAAACUUUACACAAAUGAUCUCUGGGUAGCCCUCUUUCAAAGUUGUUGAAAUGGUUUUCAGCUAUCAGACUUCAAAAAUCUUUUUCUCUAGAGCUUUGAUAUUUGGUAUGUGAUAUAAGGGUUUGAGUCUCUACCAUAAUUGUCUAAAUUAUUGCCCCACGGUCAAAAAUAGCCACGCUUCUUUUUGUCAUAUGUACUUAAUACAGGCUUAUAUAUAAGAAACUUUGAAAAUCUUCUUCACUGAAUCAAUAAUAGCUAGAGCCUUGAUAUUUGGCGUGUGAUAUCAGAGUUGUACUGUCUACCUUAAUUGUUCAAAUUAUUGCCCUAGGUUCAAAUAUUGUAUGUGACAUAUAUAUAAUAUAGGCUAACAUAGAAGAAACCUUACUCUGUACUUGUACUAUUACGUUAUACAAACACACUAGAAGCCUUGUACACAGGUGAGCACUUUAGGGUCAAAGACCCUCUUGUUUAAUAUGUUAGUCAUGCUGUGAUUUAUGGUUUAAAAUAAGGAUUAAGCCGACUUUAUAUCCAUCUUACAAAAUAGAAAUUUUGAUGAUAUUGGUAUUUAUGAUUUUAUGAUUCCCCCUCUGCCCCCCUCCCCCCUCAACUCCCUCCCCAUGAGAAAGUGGCGGUAAUGCAGAUUUGCUCAUAUUGGUUCAUCGGAUGUAAUUUCCAGUUGCAUUUUCAAUCACUGGAUAUAAAAUGCCUAGGCUUACAAUGGUGAAACAGAGAAUAAUUGCCUGUGGACAGUAGAUAACCCCAGUCUGUUUUUAUACGCCCAUCCCUGAAAGAGCGGGGUGUAUUAUGUGAACACUCAUGGCAGUGGGCGGGCGGCGUCCAAAGCAUGUCCGCUGUCUAAGUCAAACAGUUUUCAUCGGAUCUUCACCAAACUUGAUGACAAUGUUUGUGGGCAUAAUAUCUCGGCCAAGUUCGAUAACAAGCCAAAUCUUCCCAGGCACUCUUGGAUUAUGGCCCUUGAAUUACUUGAAAAACAGCGAAUUUAGCCUUGUCCGCUCUCUAAGUCGAACAGUUUUCAUCCGAUCUUCACUAAACUUGCUGACAAUGUUUGUGGGCAUAAUAUCUCAACCAAGUUCGAUAACCAGCCAAAUCUCCCCAGAUACUCCUGGAUUAAGGCCCUUGAAAACUGUGAAAAUGCCAUUUUCUACAAAAAUAUAAGUAAGGGAAAACUUUCAAUGAAUGUCAUACAUUCAUCUCAACUUAUCCAAUAGAAAAACCCAAAACAUGAUCAUUGGUAGUCUUUUAGUGAAUGGUAUGAACCUCGUAUUGUUUUCUUUUACUUUUCAGUAAAAUAAUAUGGUCAUUUGCUUUAAACCGAAACAAACUUUCUUUACACCCUUUAUGUAGAUCAAGGCUGGACCGCAGAUGGGAUAUCUGUGAAAUUUGUCAAAGAAAUACAUUGUAGAGAUGAAAAUAUACCUGUGUGAGAUGAAGAUAUAGCUUAAUCAACAAAAUAUUUAUAUGCAAUAGUCUCAACAUUUAUUUAAUUGAGAGUUGUGGGACAUCCUUAAAAUGUGUAAUCAGUAGCUAGAAAGUUAUUUUUUUCUAACUAGCUAUUUAAAAUGGUACAUUUCCACAUCUCUCUUGGUGCAUAUAAAUUAUAUAGAAAUUAUGAGCAAUAAAAAGGUUUUUAUUCCAGAUAUAUAAUUAGUAUUCUUGUAAAGUACUUCUUGUUCUAAUACAUAAUAAAUUACAUAAAAUUAGA